AUGCUCGCAUCGACAGCGACGACCAUGCUCCGCGCGGGCGCCGGCCGCUCCGCCGGUGCCCUCCAGCCAACUCUCCUUCGCACCGCCGCCUGCCCGUACUCCGCGGGCCUCUCCGUCUCCCCGAUCUCGAUGGUCGCGAGCCCCACGAAAGAGACCCAGAACCGCCGCGUGUCGACGACGACGACGACGAGGCCGACCGCCUCGUUCCUCCUCAUCAAGCGCGGCGUCGCCCAGCAACCGCCGCGCCGCGCCGCCUCCACCCACCACCACCAGCACGCGCCCACCCCGGACGCCGAGGCCGACGCCCGCGCCGCCGAUGCGGCGGCCAAGGCGGCGGCGGCGGCGCACCCGGAGCAGGUGGUGCUCGACUGGAACACCUUCUUCCAGCUGCGCAAGGCGCGGCGGCGGUGGCAGUCGGCGUUCAGCGUGCUCGGGUCGCUGGCGGCCGGGUCGGGCGGCGCGGUGGCGCUCAGCUCGGGCGCGGCCGACAGCGUGGUCGGCCAGAUCCCGCUCGACCCCCUCAUCACGCUCGGCCUCAUGACCAUGAGCUGCGCCGCGCUCGGCUGGCUGGUCGGCCCCAUCCUGGGCACGACCGUGUUCAACGCGCUCAAGAGCAAGUACAAGGGCCCCAUGGCCGUCAAGGAGAGCGAGUUCUUCGCCAGGAUCAAGAAGCACCGGGUGGAUCCGAGUGCGAGUUCGGUGCGGAAUCCAGUGCCCGACUUCUACGGUGAAAAGAUCUCGAGUGUGGCUGGCUACCGGCAAUGGCUGAGGGACCAGAGGGCGUUCAAUCGGAAGAAGACGGGCGCGAUAUAA